AUGAGCAUCUCAGGCUGGAAGCUCAUUCUCGUCGCGGCAAUAUUAAUCGCCGCAUUAUUCACUACUCAGACUGCCCCCCCAGAGCCGCGAUGUAUCGAACCAAACUGCACGCCUCCGACAUCACUGGUGCUCAACGACGAACGACCCGGACGCUCCAAGCCAACCGUCGCUGUACUGGCAACUGGGGGGACUGCCUUGGGCAAAGGUAGUUCCCCGACAGACACUUCACACUACGUAUCCGGCGCCUCUCAUAUCGACUCCCUUAUAGAUUUGAUUCGACUUGACUUCCAGGAAAUCGCCCAUGUGGUUACGCACCAGAUCUUAUCAACAGACAGUAUCAACUUUCAUGUGAAAGAGCUGAUUGCCAUACGCAAUUGUGUUAUCGAAUAUAUCAGGCGUCCAGAAAUAUUAGGUGUCACUGUGGUCACUGGAACGAGUACACUGCACAUUUUGGCUUUUUUCCUAGAGCAUACCAUACCGCUCUUCAACAAAACAAUAGUCGUGACAGGUGCAAUCAAACCGCUCACGGCGUAUGGUGCCGAUGGACCAGGCCGUGCCCUCUCCGCCAUAUACACAAUAGUAACCUAUUGUCUCAACAGAGUGGUAAUUCUUAUGGAAGACAAGAUCAUGCUUCCGCGUCGGAGUUACAAACAUCAUAACACCUUCGUGCCAGGGGACGGUUCGCUUUUAGGCAGCAUCGUGGACUUCCGACCAGAGAUAUUCAACGCACCGCGUGACAUCCCCAAGACAUUUGAUAUUCAAGGUCUAGAAGCACACGAUAAAGUUCCCAGGACCAAGUAUUUCCAUCCCAUGAUGGAAGAAGAAGAAUUUGAUCGUGCCCUUCAGGAAGGGGUGGAAGCGGCUGUCCUGGGGGUAUACGAUGAUGGAUAUUUCCCUGAGCGUUUGACAAAGGGACUCAAGAAGCUUACAGACCAAGUCGAUUUUAUCGCUGCUGCGGUCAGCUAUGGUCAUACAUUCGAUGUCAGGCGCAGAAUUGACGGAGUGGUGCCCGCCAGUGACUGGACUGACCGCAUGCUUAUGAUGAUGAUGCCAUUCGUGCUAUCAUCAAACAUGACUUGGGAGAAAAGAAUGGAAUUCAUUGCAGAGCCCUAUAUCAAGAAUGAACGAGCUUGUGCGAUGGUACCUACGCGGGUGAGUGUCUGGAGCCUGUUGAGGGGAAAUUUUGCCCUUCUCGAUACUUGCUGUUCUAAAAUGAUAAAAAGAAUUAGGUUAAAAAUAUAG